CAGCACUCUAUGACGUCAUUUCCGAUACCAAUAAUUUUUGUCUGAAAAUUCCACGGCCAUAAACUAUAUUACUGUACAUUCAAUAUAAAUAUCUACGUGUACUUCCUCAUAAAAGAUAAAUCUCUUUACAGACGRAUCAAAUUUCGUUUUGUCAGAUAGCCGAUGACACGCYGACGAAGCUUCAAAGUUCGUAGUAAGAGCAAAUUAUCCGAUUACUCUCCGACAAUUUCACGAAUAAGCACGACGAAGCCUAACAAAGCGUUCAUAGCGGCAAGURGAAUCGGUUAUCCAGCAAGAUCCCAAGAUGACAUUGAGGCUUACCGCUAUUCAGCCCACCUUUACGGCAAAGAUGAAGAAUUAAGAAGAAGUACGGGGUCUAUAUAUGGGGCUGAAAGCCCAACCAAGACAAAGUCCCCUCCAGGAAUGCAUGUCAGAAGUAGUAGUGACACCAGUGAGAUCAAUUUUGCACUGYUGAAAAAUAGCUAUGAGAACUCKAUUACUGAACCACGUUCUCCAACUGGAGAGAGUUUCUUUGCAAUUGUUCAGAGGUUUGAACAAAACAUCAAGAAUGAAAAUAAGAGACCUUUUAUCAGGAAAGGCGGUGUUCAAGUUGAUGGCUCRACGUUUAUAGAAAAUCUCCGUGAAUAUCAUAACUAUGGUUCUGCUGGCAGUAGCCCUACCAUUGAGAAAAAGACUCCAAUUUUACGRCGGAAGAAUUCUCUUCGUUCAAAUACUACUUCAUUUUUUAGAAUAAAGAAAAAUUAUGAYAAUAARGAUGAUUCUGAAUCAAUGGACUCRACACCAACACGGAAAUAUCUGGCACACUACGAUUGCCAAAGYUUGUGUGUAAAUUAUGAUGAACAAGCUCAACUGCGUGCUCGYUUUGGUGAUGGCAUGAAGCGYAAAAACACUCGCUCUGGAGCUUCUGCAGCCUCAGCAAAGAUARCAGCAGCUCAGCGUGCUGAUCAGCUGGGUUCUAAUUCAAGUCUGGAUAAAGUAGAUGAAGUAGCUGAUUAUGGUGACAAUAAAUCCAGUGAACUUGUUCAGAGUUGUCCUUAUUUUAGGAAUGAGCUUGGCGGUGAGGAUGAUAUGGAUCCACAAAUUAGUUUGACAAGAGAUAACACAGCCUUUCAAAAUCCACAUGAUUCAUCUACACCUAAUAAGAAYGGCACUGUAAACACUCUAAAACGAAGGUCAACAUUGGAUAUUUUAUUAACAGCAUAUGAUUCAGCAAGAAGAGGAAAUCUCAGAAGUGGUACCGGAGUCACCAUUCUUGACAAUUCCAAACCAGAAAGUGGCUCACUUUACUUGGGUGAAGGUGGCAGCUGGUCAGAUGAUGAAGGGAAAAUUGUGUUUGAGCAUGCUGAUCAUGGAGCUUACUAUUAUAGAAAUUUCUUUGUAGGACAAGAACAUCUCACCUAUCUUGGAAGUGAUGAAAAGCUUGGACCCAUUGCUAUUUCYUUAAAACGUGAAAAGCUUGAUGAAAACACGUCAUUGGUAAAGAAYGAUACUGAUGUUCAAGGAACUCAGUACCAGUACCGCAUAAUCAUAAGAACAUCUCAUCUCACAACUCUGAGAGGAAAUGUUCUAGAAGAAGCUGUACCAUCCACAUCUCGCCAUGGUACAGCAAGAGCUCUUCCUGCUAAAGAUAUUUUGGAGUAUAUCGCACCUGAAAUACAGCUUCAAUGCCUAAGGCAAGCUACUCAAGGGAUCAAGGUUCCAGAAAUGUUAAUGAAGCUUGAUGAACAAGGGAUGACCAAUCAGUACAAGGUGGGCAUUCUGUAUUGCAAAGCUGGUCAGUCUACUGAAGAAGAGAUGUACAACAAUCAGAUUGCUGGUCCAGCUUUUGAGGAAUUCUUGAAUCUUAUCGGGAACAAAGUUGCGUUGAAAGGAUUUACUGGAUAUAAAGCACAACUAGAUAAUAGAAAUGAUUCUACRGGAGAAUACUCAGUUUACACUACUUUUCAUAAUCGAGAAAUUAUGUUUCACGUAUCAACAUUACUACCAUGGACACCAAACAACAAACAACAACUUUUAAGGAAAAGGCACAUUGGCAAUGACAUAGUAACUAUAGUCUUCCAAGAACCCGGGGCUUUGCCAUUUACUCCUAAGAACAUCCGUUCUCAUUUUCAACAUGUCUUCAUUGUAGUCCAAGUGUUUAAUGCAUGUACUGAUUCUACAUAUUAUAGGUAAAUAAUACUGCAUUCUAUUAUUGAAUGUUAUUUGAAGGUUCAGGGAGGAUUAAUCAGUCAUUUUUCUGUGUGUAGCAUUAUUAAUGCUGAAAAUGCAGCUCACAARUCCGAAAAGUUCAGUACGAUGGCUACACGCACCAGACAUGAAUACCUCAAGGACCUAGCUACAAAUUAUGUCACCAACAUUACAUUAGACACUGGAUCAAGCAAGUCUUCAUUUGGGAAGUUUUCUUUGUCUGGGAAAAAGAAAGAGAAAGUUCGCCCACCCAUCAGUCCUGAACGGGUAGCAAGAGGUGGCCUGGUGUGGAAUGUGGAGGUUGAGGACUACAGGAACUCGACAAUGAUUCAGUGUGUAAUGGCAAUAUCAUCAGACACGCUUGUUCUCAUUGAUUCAUCGAGCAAGGAAUCGAUUCUAAGUGUGUCAACAAAGGCUAUAAUAGGRUGGACCUCUUUAUCUUCAAGUAUCAAAGUAUUUUAUGGAGGAGGUGACUGUCUUGUUCUCAACAUACCUACUUCUGAUUCUGAUGAUUUGCCUGAGAUUGUUCGAAGACUGGAGUCUGUGACCAUAGGAUGUCAGACCCAGACGAUUACCCUACGUCGAAAUGCGCAUGGUCAGCUUGGCUUCCAUGUGCAGUACGAAGGUCUUGUGGCUGACGUUGAAAUCGGAGGCUACGCUUGGCAAGCAGGGUUAAGACAUGGCUGUCGACUUGUGGAGAUCAAUGGAUUAAUAGUAGCCACACUGACUCAUGAACAAAUGAUUGAAAUCCUACGAAAACCAGGGUCCGUGACAGUUGUGAUUGUCUCGCCUCUUCCAAGUGGAAAACCAAGAAAAGGCCAACAGCCUUCUAAUUAUCAGUACUGGUGGUCAGCGAGGUCAUCCACKUCUACCAUCUCGUCAUAUGGAGGCAGUUUGACCUCGGUGGGUGAAGACCAUGAAUCACGUGACCAGCGCAAUCCUCCCAGAGUGCUACCGAAGUAUCACAAAAGAUCGAGAGAAGAGAAUGAUAUCGAUGCGAGCAGUUCGUUGUCGUCCAUUACUGGCAGCUCGUCAACUUUAAAUGACGAUACUCGCAGUCGUACGCCGUCGUACGGUGCUGCUUACACAGUAACGUCUGUCAAUCCCAUUAUACAAGAACUUGAGAAAGCACAAAUGAACAAUCACGGAUCUCAAGGGUCGUCAAGCUCGUACGAGAAYCUCAACACACCGAGGCCGCGGAAAUGGAGCGGAGUCAGUUCUGAUUCAGACAGGAAAGGAACACCCAGCUCUGUUGGYGUUACAUUGAAGAAACCAACUUCGAAAGGUACUUUAUAUGUCAUUGCMAGCGGRCCCCAGUCACCUGGUGCCCAGGCUCCCACUGGUGAGACGCCGUUGUUCGGAAGUACGACCCAACGUGAUCGUCACCCACGAGUGGUUGUCGACGAACAUGGYAAAGUGAUUGGUGGAGAAAGUAUCGCUAUCGAAGUACAGUUGACUAAAAAUGGCGAAGUUGAUGCCAAACAAGUGUAUUCCUAUGACUCGGACAGGGAGAAAAGGAAUGGGGACAAGGUUCCUUAUAAAGAGACAACACUUGGGGCUGUUGUCACGACAACUAGUACGUACACACAAGACAACGAGGAUAUAUCUGAGGCUUCCAUGACGGAGACCAUGGAUAAAAUCGAAAAAGCGUUUGCYUUCAAGGCGCCUAAUGUAACAGACUCACCGAGGUAUGAUUAUGGGAAGUUCGACAAGACGUCGAGUUUAAGACGAAGUGGACGAMGAAGUCCUACCGACAAUAACCGACAACCUUCCGAGCAGGCUUCGCAUCGAAAAGACAGUAGCGAACAGACUAUCGUUGCACACGAAAUCAAAAGUGAGAUGGCCAGGGCGUUAUCUCAYGAGGAACUUCAGGUACAGUUGAUAUUGCAGGAACUACAACAAGCUGAAAAGGAUCUUGGAGGCACCGARGGMAGAAUUGAAGUACAAACAGUGGUUGAGAUGUCUCGGGGAAACAACGAAGUGAUACGAGAGAGCACUCCUAAAAACAAAGAAUAUGAUUCUCGCUUAGCACAGAGAAAUAGCAUCAUGGAACGYCUAGAGAGUCAACGGCACGCCAUUGGUGGAGAUAGAGUCGAAGGUUUGAAGAUUUACCACGCCAAAAGUAGGAGUUCUCCAGCAGAUGUAACUAAGGCUCAAGUUAAUCCUCUUGAUAGAGCAUCUAGAAACAAGCAAAUGUCGUCGCAAAAUGACUUGUCCGCCAAAUCUAAAAGCGACCAAGAACGUACCUCUAAAGAAUCCACUGAGGUUGUACAAAGACGUCAGAGUAGGCGUAGAAGGAGUGAGAGASUGGAACAGAGUGACGGUCCUAAAACACCUSACGCAAAUCGCACAGUCAAGCCUGUAGUUCGAUCAGAGCGAAAAAUCAAACUAUCCACGUCAGGAGGCACGGGUAUUACCGAUGAAAAAGCAUCGACUUUACCUCGUUGUAAACCAAACCGGAAGUACCGACAUGCCAUUCGACAACACGACGCUAGUGAUUCAUCUGACGAUGAGUACAGAGGCUCACGUGAUCGUAAWCGAACUGGGGACGCGAUGUCUGCUACUUUACCGCGGGAUACGGAAGAUAGACGACKCUCUCUCGGAGAUAAUACGAGUUCACCGAAGAGCCCUUCACUCAUGAAAGGUGCUCGUUUAACCAAGUUAAAGAUARGCACUGGGGAAGAAUCCAUUGAACUUGUCAACCAAACUGCCCGACUUUUGAGUGCAUCAGAAGAAACUAAACAGGAUUCUAGUUUCAAGAUUUCUAAAGAUGCUUUGCAUUCGCUGACACAGGCGUCAGAUUUAUUAAAAAGUCAGCUUCCAGCCAAAGACAGAAGAGAARCCAGAGGGAGAGAGGGCUCGGAUAGAAGUCGUGAUCGUGAUAAAGAAAAGAAGGACAAGUCAAUGGCUAAGGUUAAAAGUCAUGGUCGUGGGAAGUCACAUGGACCCCACAAGUUCCAUAUUCCCGUUGUUCCUCGAAGGCACAGUUUCGAUGACAGGAUGUUGGCCCAUUCAGUCUCAAAACCUUCAGGAGGCGAAAGUUCAUUUACGAGAGAAAGCAUCGGCCGUGAAGCUGAACUUGAGAUGAAAUUGGCAAUCGUAUCGAAUGCUCUUAUGAAGGAAGGAGAAGAGAAACAGCGAUUGGAAUCAGAUCUAAAAAAGGCAGUAAAAGAGAAUAGAAAACUUCAAGAGAAUCUUCACACAGCGUCCAAACAAUUACGAAAAUUCACAGAAUGGUUUUUUAGUAACGUUGAGCAGCCCAAUCCAUAGCCAUGGAUGAACAGAAGUAUUUUAGGAAUUGGUUGGAAUCUUAUUGUUUCAGAUUAUAAUUUUGUAUUUUUCAUUAUAAAUACAGUCAUGGCAUAUUAAGUGAAAUUCGCUCGGUUGUUGAACGUAGAUUAGGCUGCGCAUUACUUUUCAAAUCAUCUUAUUGCAAAGAGAAGUGUAUUUUAAGCCUAGCCAAACUAGGAUGCAUGUAACGCGGGCGACGAAAUUUAUCGUGGCGAAUUGUAUCAGUCGCUCGUUUUCCGGACUCAAAUCUGGUUUUUGUUAAAUUAUAUCCAGAUUUUUAUUCUUUAUUUUUUACUAGGACGAGGGAAACUGAAAGUAGAUUAAUAAGAAAUCUUCCCUUUCUUUUAUUGCCGGGCUUACUGUUUUAAGAGUGCACAUGAAGGGUUUCUAUAAUUUAAAGCGGUAUAGUUUUAGUUGUACAUAUAUCAUUCACAUCAUUAAUAUUAUAUUAACAUCUCUUGUGAAGAUUCAUAUUAUUAGGAAAGUUUUGCAUGGUAUUUUGUUAUCUUAUAAUAACAUGUAUUCAUACAUUACUACUGGAAGGGCAUGUCGUAAAAGGCGUCGGCUCUACSGUUGAUAAAUCGAAUAUUUUCUGAGAAAAAGAUUAAUUUCGUUACAAAUAGUUUAGUGUAAAGACAUUAAACCAUGGAAAUACUAAAACAGAUCAGCAUGAAAAAAUCGAGUUAGCGAUUUAAAUASGUUGUACAUUUAGUAGUCCAGAGUGAAGUAAAUUAAACCCGUGAAACAUUGACUAUUAAAGUGCGUGAGUCGGACACAAGCAAAUAAUUAGAAGUUACAAUAUUUACUGUAUUAUCUAUUUCAAAUUUUUACUUCACUCUAAGCAUCUUUCAAGGAUUUUUUGACUUAACAUUAACUGUGCAAUGUAAUUCACAAUUUGUUAUACUCAUUAUGAAACAUUCACAACAGCAAAAGAGAAUUUUUGUACAAAUUUAUGAAGUUUUGUUUAAUAUUAAAGUUAUGCUGCUGAGCAGGUAGCUAUARAAUGAUAAAAUUUGCGUUUCAAAAGUAGAGUUGUAGUUUAACGAAAGGUAUUUCGCAUGCUCAUCAACUAUAUAUUUUUAUCGUUUUGAUCGGUGAAGCUUACGUCUGUUGCUUCAAAAACUACUAUUCCCUCACUUCAACAAUGUAAUAAACACACGUGACUAGUUGGAUGAUACUAGAGUAAUUUGUACGAGAUAGUAGUCAUUUUCGUAAGAAUAUACGAAUCUGAUAUUGUUAAUUAUGAUAAUAAAUUUAUUAUARAAAU